AUGGCGAGAAGCGCAGCUCCUGUCCCUGCUGCGACCACGUCCAGCAGAGUCAGGAACAAAAAGCUUUCAUACAGACAGAAGCUAUGCGUUCAACGUGGCUCGCAUCUGCUCAACGCCGCCACCUCGGUGGUGGCGGGGCCGGAGCCCGAGUUCGAAGGGCAGGAGCACGCUCAGGACUCUAAUCUCGGUGUCGACGCCAACGAGAUCUCGGAGCACCAUCUGCAAGCGGCUCUGUCCUCCAACCAGCUCGCGACCUCCGAAGGAAACGCCUCAGCAGAGGCGACCAAAGCAGCCUACAGCAUUCCUGUUCCCGACGCUCAAGGCACGCUGUCCGAUGCAGAGUUCUCGCAACUGUAUCCGUCGGGUGUUUACUCGGAUCCGGUCACCUACAUACGCUGGUCCGACACGGUCGAAGAUGCCAUCCAUGGCCCCAGCUACAACAUGGACGAAGACGACCAGGAUUGGCUCGAGACCCGCAACGAAAAAGCGCAGGAGGCGUUGACGACAACGAUUCGUAACGCCAAGACGGGGCCGCUAGCUGGAGGCUCGGGCAAGGGCAAGACAAAGGAGAAGCUGCGCGAAGAGGCGAUCGAGAAGCUCGUGGCUGACAACCAGGGCAGCUACCGCCUGCUCUCGGAGGAUCAGUUCGAGAUGAUCAUGACCGUUUUUGAGCAGGUCACCUCCGAACAGGUGCCUUACCUCCAUCUCGACGUGACCAAGAUUCCAACUUGCGAAGAACUUCUCACCUACUUUGAGCCUUCGUCCACCAUCUCUGCCCUUGCGCUACCCGACUUGCCACCGCUGAGCUGGGAAAAGACCGUCGGCUCCAGCGUUGCAUCGUCUUCGCAAGCUCGCACCGCCAGCCGUUCCCCCUCUAGCCCGUCGGCUUCGGCAACGGAAUGGUCGUCACGAAACCCGUACAAGAACCUGGCCGAUCUCAAAGCGCUCGCGAGCGUCGUCUAUCCUCACUGGAAGAGCCGACGCGAGGACCGGGAAGGACGUACGGUGACUCCGCAGCUCAAUUUUGACGAGACCAACGACAGUGACCCGUACGUUUGCUUCCGUCGACGUGAGGUCAAGCAGAUUCGCAAGACUCGAAAGACCGACGCGCUGCACAUCGAGAAGAUGAUCCGACUUCGCGCCGAGCUCGAGCACGCGGUUGCGCUGACCGAGCUUGUGGCGCAGCGAGAGAAGACCAAACGCGCCUCCUUGCGGCAGAGCCGCGAGUGUUGGGAGAAUGUCAAGGAUCUCAUGGAUAUCAAACGCCAGUGGGGCAUCGUUGGCCCACAACAGGGACUGGAGGACGAAGAGCUCAUCUCUGGAGAACGCAGAGAUCCGACACAGGCGUCGUCAGGGCCCGCAAAGAAGAAGCGCAAAGCCGACGAAGCUGCCGCGACGAUCAAGCUGGCCGGACGCAAGUCCCGCAGCGGCGAUGCCGACGGCGCCUCUGCAGGUGCUACCGCCGCAUCAGCCGGCGGCGUCUCGGGGAUGGGGUCCGCCAUCCUGGAGCGUGUCCAUGCCGUUCAAGCCUACAUCGAGCGCGAGUGUCUGCGCAAAACCGAUUCGGAUCUAGGUUGGGAGGAGGGCAGCGAUGCCGCCUUCCAGCCAAUACCGGCGCCAGCGCCGAUGCGAGCGUUCCGGCCCAUCCACGCCGAGUCGUCGGACGAUCCGUUCCCCUUCUCGCCUCUGGCGACAAGAGCGGGACGUCCGCCUUCGUUCCGCAGACGUGUCGGCCGUGGUGGCCGCGUCUUUCUGGAUCGUCGCCUACCAAUUCCCAGUCCUGUUCCGACCAGCCUCAACGACUGGCCACGAUAUGGCCGCCCCAGAUCAGAGCUGCCAGGUAUCGAGGCGCGCGAGGUGCGGACAACGCCAGCAGCCGACGCUCAGCCAACCUCGUCUUCCACGGCACUUUCCGAUUUGGGUGUUUCAAGCUCUCCUCCCUCCAGCAAGGAGGCGCUCAAAGGCCCCUUUGCAUUCUCCCCCGACCUUCGCCCACAACUGCUCGCUUCGACAGCGCAUCCUGCUGUGCAGUCGCUCCUCAACCAAGGCAACGACGCAUUCGGUGGGCCAUUCGCGCGGACAGGUCCGUUUGCCUCGACCUCUUCCGCCAAUGCACACGACGAAGUUCCGGGCUCGCAGCAUUCGGACGCAUCGAGCACGUCAUCAGACUCGAGCGACCGCUCACGUCUCAGUGGCACUUCUGUCGGCGUUGUCAGCACCCAAGCGACCGAGGUCGGUGACAUUGACAUGCUAGGAUUGGACGAGGCUCACGACAAGCGCGGAGACUCUUCGGACAGUGACGACUCGGAGGGCACAACCGAUCCCGUGCGUGAGCUUCUGCGUUGGACACGGUUGGAAGAGCAGUGGCGAUACGAUGACGAGUCUGGCCGCUUUGCUGGACUUGGUCUGACCGCUCUAGGUGGCAUGGAAGACGACGACGAAGCUGUGUUGGAUGAUUUCGACCAGAAGUUCAUGCGUUACAGGAUGACCCUGCUCGAGGAAGCCGACUUGCUCAAGCUGUCGACCGACCUCACCAACCUGCAACAGGCACAAGCGGCCGCCGAAGCGCCGGCUCCGAAGCCAGCCGGCUAUGUCGAUCAGCCCGCCGCAAACUCUUCGUCGACCGCCGUCGCAAACGCCGUCGCCGCAUCCGCGAAGAUCUCGGCUGCGCCCGCUGCAGCAGCUGCCACUGCGACUUUGCCUGGCAUUCCAAAUGCCGCCACACUGCCCAUGCCGUCGGCGGCACGUACCGCCGCAGCCACAGGCGGAGGUGGCUCGCAAAGCGCACUGCAGGCUCAGCAAUUGCAAGCGCAACAGCAGCAGCUGCAGAUGGCCAUCUUGCAGCAGCAACAGCAACAGCAGGCCGCUGCUGCACAGGCUCAGGCGCAAGCACAAGCGCAAGCGGCGGCGCAGGCACAAGCCCAGCAAGCCGCACUCUUGCAGCAGCAACAACAAAAACAGCAACAGCAACAACAGCAGCAUCAUCAACAACAGCAGCAAAUGCAACAGCAGACCCAAGCCAUGUCGCCUCCUCAGGUGUCGCAACAGCCUCAGCAGGCGCAGCAGGCUGGCGCGCAGCGACAAUUGCCGCAGCCUUUCGGCAGCCAGAUCAUGUCUCUGUCGCAGAACAACAACCAGCAGGCACAGCUGGCAGCCUUCGCUGCGGCGCAGCAGCAACUGCAGGCUGCGCAACAAGCUGCAGUUCAACAGCAGCAGCAGCAGCAGCAGCAGCAACAACGUCUGAGCGGCGUGCCGCAACAGCAGCCCCAGCAGCAGCAGAUCGGACUGCCCGUGCAGAUGCAAAUGCAGAUGCCCAUCCAAAUGCAAAUGCAAUUGCAGAUGCAGAUGGCGGCCGCUGCCGCGCAAGGUCAGACCCCGCUAUUUGGCCAAUCCAUGCCGUUUGAUGCCACUUCGAUUCAAGCACAGAUGCAACAGGCGCAGCAGCAGUUGGCGAGGUCGAUGCCGCAGCAAAACAUGCCGCACUCUUCGCCCAUGCAAGCGGCUGCCUUCACCGUUCCCAAUGGCGCUGCGCCGUUCGGGAUGAAUCUCAGCCUCAACAUGAACGGCAACGCCGGCAGUCCUCCGAUGCAGCACGCAGGGAUAAGCUCACAGCCUCAACAGCAAAUGGCCAGGACCUCGGCAUCUCCUGUUUCGACAGCGGCCAACGGACAGAAUGGUCGAACCAAUCCUUCGCCCGUGAUGCAAGCAGGUCUAGUCAUGCCUCAGCAGCAGAUGCAACAGCAGCAGCAAAAUGGAGCCUUGAACGUCAAUUUGAGCCUGGCAGCAGCGCAGAUGAAGAAUGGCACUGCGACUCUGCAGCAGUUUCAAGCGCUGCAGCAACAGGCUCAGAUGAUGCAAGGGCAGCAGGGCAACACGUCCGCAGCUCAGCUGAUGGCCAUGAAGGCUGCUCUGGCUCAGAAUGCCAAUCUGAAUUUGCGACUCCCUCCGAACCGGGCGCUGCAGAUUGCCCAGCAGGCUGCGCAGGCCGCCUUUGGCGCCCAGCAGCAGCAGAUGCAACAGCAACAACAGGUGCAGAUGAACGGCAGCGCCUCGAACCAAGGAUCGCCCGCCAUGUCGCGCGCAUCGACGGCCGGAUCACCACGCUUCGCUGCGAAUGGCAUCGCGGGCGCUAUGGCCGGCAGUUCGCCCGUGCAGAACGGCACCUCGGCCACCACGAACGCGACCAACUCGCCUUCGCCGCAGAUCUCUGCUGCGAAUCGAGCUGCCAUCGCUGCUGCCACGAAUGCCGCCAACGCCAAGAUGAUGGCAGCCCAGUCGCCGGUCUCGUACCAUGCGUCGCCGGUUCAGGCCAACAUGAAUCUGCAUGCGGUCCAGCAACAGCAGCUGAAGAACGCCGCUGCCGCUGCCGCCGCUGCUGCCGGUACUGCCGGAUCACCGCACCUCGCCACUAGAGCCUCGCCACAAACACAGCAAGGCUGA